AUGGGGAAGAGGAAACGGCAGACGCACCUGACCUUUGAGCCGGUGGUUGCCCCCAGCAACAGCAGUGGGAAGCAUCACGACGGCGACGAGGACGAGCGCCAGGCAGCAGCAGCAUCAGCAGCACCAAAUGAGCGCAAGGGCAACUUUUCUCCGGCAAACGUCCGGUACAGCCAACGCGCGGUGCGUGUACGAACAAAACCCCGCCUGCUGGUCAAGGAGAAGGAGCGGAAGAAGGAGCGGCGGCUAGAGCAAUCUCAAAUUCAGACAAUGACCAGACCGAAACCUCUUUCGGGCACGCCCAGGAGGUCACGAGCCAUCAUGUCGGACUCGUCAGACGAGUUUGCUGUUGAGGAAGUCGCCAUCAUCCCUGCUGGCGAUGGCGAGUCCAAUGACGAUUCUGUAAGCGAGGAUGGGCUCCCACCCGCCACAGCCUUGGGAAGUCAGCAAAAGCCCCAGAUCAUUGUCGACGACGACGACGACGACGACGAUGAUGAUGAUGAUAGUGACAACAGGCCUCUGCCGACGUCGGCGUCUAAAGCUCCUCGGUCUUCGCAAUCAGUAACUACGCGAUUGGGAAGGACCGUUCUCGACGACGGGGACGACGACGAUGAGCCCGUGCUGCCGCCGAGCUCGGUCGUCAGACGUCGACGACCAGUCAUGGCCGACCUGGAUGAUUCCGAGGACGACGAGGACGUCUCGCCGGCCAAACGGAGGAGGCUUGGGCCAGCAUCCACGCCACGCGUCGUCACAAUCAUUGAAAGCGAGGAUAACGACGACGAUGACGACGACGACGACAACGACGAGCAAGACGUAGACUCUACGGGCCGUAAACCUCCAAAGGGGAGACUAGUCAGAUCAUCUCAGCUUCCAUCCUCACCUACGAAACGCGUCAGAGGACAUAGGACCGAGAAGCAGAAAAAAAUAGAGCUUCUUCGGCGGCGUAGGGCAGGAGAGAAGAUCACGCAGCUGACCGACUCGGAGUCCGACGACGGCGACGACGAAGCUAAGCGCGGCAUGUACGAUACCGACUCGGACGAUGACCUACAGGUGCUCAAGGAAUUCGAUGACGAUGUGGAGGAAGACGAAGAAGAGCCACAGGUGGAAAAUACGAAGCGCUCCCGGAAGAAGUCAAAGUCGAAGAGCUCCCCGCGAAAGAGCCAAAAGGCGCGUGAUUCAGAAGGGAGCGAGGAUUUGGACGACUUUGUUGUCGAGGACGACGACGAUACGCCUCUUGGUGCGCCUGUCGAGAUUCCCCUCGAAUUCACCUCCGCCGCACAUUUGCCUCUCAAGGACCAAUUCCCCUUUGUGGUAGAGUGGCUGGUUCAUAACAAGAUCGACCCAGCCUUCAAGCGCCGGCAGGACGCCGUCUAUGUCAACGCCUGGCGUAAGCUAAAUGACGAAUUCCGUGGCCUCGCGAAUUCAAAGUUCGCCUCGUCAGCCUGGAAGUCCGAAUUCUACAGAUCCCUCAGGGGACGCCCCAAGAUGGAGGCAUACGAAGUGGGGAUGAGCGGUGCUCUGUAUGACAACUGCGAAGCCUGCGGCCGGAGUGGCCACCCCGCCACAUGGAAGAUCGUCUUUGACGGCAGUCCCUAUAACAAAGAGACGCUCGAUGAUAUCGAAUCCGACUCAGAUUCUGAGGACUCUGAGAGCAACGACGACGAAGGCGAUGGCGAAGACGAGGACGAAGACAAGCGUUCCGUCGAUUCUCAGGGCAUGCCUUUGGCGCCGAUCACAAAACAGUGGCAUGUUGGCGCCGUAUGCUGUAGCAACGCCGAAUCAGCCCACGAGCUAAUGCACUGGAAGCAUCAGCUCAAGAGAGACGUCGAGGAGAGGCUCGACGACGAGGGUUGGAACAAGCCCAAGAAGCUGGCAGAGCGCGAAAAGAUGAAGUCUAAAAAGCGGCGUAAGCUGGCCAAUAGCAUCGUGGACGACUGGCAGGAACGCAAAAUUAUCGGUACGCUAUACAACGGAUUCAAGAAGACCCUUGAGGACGCAAGGAACAAAGCUACUACAGGAAGCCGUGGCGGCGGGAGAGGGUGGCGGUAG